UUCAUGCUUAUCAUUCGAGUCUUGUACUUCGAUCAGUUAACAGUUAAUCGAAAAAUUGUUGCCUCUUAGCUCGACAUAUCUUUUAAGUGUUCGUUCACGUGUCCGAAAGUGUUCUAAAACAACAAAUUUGUGUUCAGAAUGGCGUACGUUGCGUACUUCUACUUGUUAAUAACCAUUUUGGGAGUAGCACUUUCUGCACCAGCACCUCAAUUCAAUAACGAUGAAACGAGUAUCCUUCGAUAUUAUAACGAAAACAACGGUUUGGGACAAUACAAUUAUCUAUAUCAAUUGAGCAAUGGCGAAACCAGAGCCGAAAACGGCUAUCAGAAAUUGGUCGGUGAAAAGGCGAUACCAGUCAUCUCGAUAUCCGGUAAAUAUUCAUUCGUCGGAACUGACGGAGUGACGUACUGGGUUCACUACACCGCCGACGAGAACGGUUAUCAUCCAAUUGUCGGAACUGGUGCUGAGCCCGCUAACGAUUUCGGUCCAGCUCAACAAGGCUGAUUAAGACUGUGGUCGAUGUACAAAACCGGAACAAUCGAUGGAGUUGUUUCCCUUCAAGUUAAGUUUAUUUAUUUUGACGUUAUCUUAGGCUCUGUGUAAUAAAUUCCCCUAAAUCA